AAAGCAGGGGUGUCCACAAAAUUAUACGUACAGAUCUGUAAAUUUAGUUCUGUUAACAGUUAGUUCUCUUUUUGGAAUAUGGAACACGAUUUUGAUUGUCAGCUAAGUGGGCUGUCCGUUUGAACCGUGCACUGGAGAUCUUGAGCUGAUUUACUUUGCACGCAUGGAUCAGAUGUAAUGUGAGGCACUUACAGUGCAUACCCGCUCUUCGUAAAGCGGAAUUAGUAUGAAUUUCACCACGGUGCCUCGCGGAUUCAGAUAGUUUGUUUAGCAUUUUUUGUAGCUAGCAUGUAAGCAAUUUCAAACCCGAACUCCUGUGAUAGCUAGCUGUAUGUGCGAGAGUAAUCAUGGAAAAAGUCAGAAAAAUCCUAGUCCAUUUGUCGAAGGAAAGUUCCGUUCCCCAAUGUGCUCGUUUCGUGCAGAGUAUAACUGGGCAUUUCGCCGGUUGCCUAGACGACCAGGUAAAGGUGAGCUGUUCUCUUGAAAACAAUCGGUUCCUCUUGUUCGGACAUGAGAACGGGAAGGAAGGGACUGAAGUACCCCUCAAGAGAGCUUCCUUCUGCCCCUUCAAGUUCCUUUCGAACACGGAGGCCGCUGCGCUUCCAGCGGACGUGGUGAGCCGUGGUGUGGAUGUGGGCGUUGCCGUCCUGCUCCAGUCAGUUGAUCAGAAGGUGCUGCUGACCCGACGUGCAGCGAACCUGAGAAUUUUCCCCAAUGUGUGGGUCCCACCUGGUGGCCAUGUGGAACUGGAUGAAAGGCUGCUUGAUGCAGGACUCCGGGAGCUCAGGGAGGAAACGGGUCUGAAGCUGGACCCAGAGGACGUCUCAUCCCGGGUACUUGGUCUCUGGGAGUCAGUGUACCCCCCCAUGUUAUCCAGAGGCCUGCCAAAGAGACAUCACAUCGUCACCUAUAUUCUUGUACACAGUUCCCUCACAUACCUGCAGCUCCAGGCUGCCCUGUGCCCAGAGCCUGCUGAGGUCAGUGGUUGUGUGUGGGUGGAUGCUGAUCUGGUCAAAGCCAUUGUGUCCGCUAUGGAUGGGGAAGAGGAUUCUGUGGUGCUGCCAGCAGACUUGCUGCACACUGUAAGCGUGUCUGAGGUGGGCCUGGAUGGCAGGCUCAGGGAAUCAGUCCUGCCCACAUCGGUUCUGUGCAACCAGGCCCCGGCAGAGGGGGAGGACGUGGAACGGGUCAGUACUGGUACCAAGUUUGCACUGGAGCUUUGGCUGAAGACAUUGGAGUCCCAGAAACCAGCCAGCAAAGAGUGACCCCCCCCCCCCCCCCCCCAUGCAUGCCUGCCUCUUUCUCAGGGGCUUGAGCCAGCUCAGCCUCCAGAAAACCAGUCAAUAUGAACUGGCAGUUUGUGAUGAUAGAUACAUAUGUUAAUAUUGUCAUCACCAGGACCUCUGGGCAGGUUUUACAACUACAAUGUAUCUGUUUAAUAAGGGCCUAAUGACUUUUACUGUCAUAGUCUGGACAGUUCUGCUGUCUAUCACUUUGAGUCCAUUCAUAAAGGGAUGAAGAGCAGGUACAGGGAUAUUUAAGCAAUUUACUUGGAACUUUUGCUUUUUUGUAUGUGCAAGCUGCAAAGCCACAAGGGGGCAGAGCAAUCGUGAAUAACGAAAGGCAAAUAUCAUGAGAGGGACAUUUAUAUCACAGUAGGCCUCAACAAUGUUGAGUGUUGUAUUUUAAGUGCGUUUAUCAUAUUUUCCCAUACCUUUCUUAAUAUAUACUGGAUCCAAAUACAAAAUUUCUGUGUUCAUGUGCAGCACAGAAUAAAAGAUGAAAAUUAAAACUUUUAAAACAAUUUCUGAAUUAAACAUGCCUUAUUCAUGUGUGUGAUUAUGAAAAGGUUGCUUCAAAUAAUAAGGCAUCUAAAUAAUAUUUAGUUGUGUGUCUGCUUUAAUUGAAAUUAUAUCUGGUGGCCAUUAAAAUAAUGUUUUCCAAUCUUCUGGAUGAAUGUGUGGAUGAUAAACCAAACACUUCUGAAAUCUUCAUCUGGUUCAUCCCAGUGUUAUUCAAGUCCCUGUACAGAGUUACCGGAGUGGUUAUAUUUAGCGUUGUGAUUCAGACUUUGCACUGGCGUUAUGACAAACUGUAUCAUUUAAAAUGGAAUUAAUCUUCAGGGCCCUGCCCUUGUUGCCAGAAUCCCAUUUGGUAGGUGAGGCCUAAUCAUUUAUGUGGUGCUUUAGCUCACAUUUACAUCACUGGGACUCUGGCAUGGGCCUGACAGUCUCCACAGUAAGUGAAUCAGGAGAGCCCGUUGUAUCAGGAUCUUCCCACCCUGGAGCCAUGCAUUAUUUAAUAGCGAGGGAGUGGUAGGAGAACGCUUUUCUGUUGCCCAACAGAAUGUAUUUAUGAUUACUUCUUCAUUUUGCUUGGCCAAAUGUUGGCUUCAUGUUUUAGAAUCUAAAAAAAUUAAAGUGCAACUCGACAGGAGAGUGGUAAUGUUGCUUUUCCUGAUUCUUAGAGGAUUUUGAAGCAUAUUCUUUCUGAUUUUCACAUGAACUAACUUUGCAACACCAUCUAAAAACCACCUCACAAUGUAGCUUUACAUUACUUGCUUUUGAUGGAUGAAAAACUCUUUUUAAUUUCUUUGUCUCAAGUAAUACCUUAAUAGCCAUGCUAUUCGCAUGUUUAAUUCUCUAACUCUGUCUGUUUUGCCUUAUUUUGAAAUAAACAGAUUGGGUUAUUUUUCAUUUUCUUUUUUUUUUCAUUUGCAUUUUUAUCUUCUCGCAAUCAUUUUGUGGCAAGCCAAGAGCAAGUGGAAGUGCUCGCAAUGAAACAGUAUCAUUAAAAGUAAAUUUAACUUUGUUCUGGUGAACACCCCUGUUUACUUUUGCUCUUAGAAACAAUAUGAAAUAAAGCAUAAUAAAAGAGUUUUACAUUGAACAAA